AUGUCUGCAGAAAAGGGCAAAAGAGAAGUCACAAGCUACUGUGACUGGAUGUCCCAACUGCCUCCUGACCUCCACAACGUUCCUCUCUUUAAUCUGAGCAUACCGGGAAGCCAUGAUUCAAUGAGUUAUGACUUGGACAUCAACUCCUCUAUAAUUGAACCCGAUGGACUGAAAAGAUUGAGCAAGAUUUACUGUGCACGUAAAAUAGUGCACAAAUGGGCGAUGACUCAGGAGGAGACCAUCGCCAAGCAGCUGGACGCAGGAGUUCGAUACUUCGACCUGAGGGUCGCACGCAAGGCCCAUGACAGUGACCCCACGAGGCUUUUCUUUUAUCACGGGCUGUACACGCGGACUGACGUGGAGACGGUUCUCAGGGUCAUAGAUGAGUGGGCAGAGAGGCACCGCAGAGAGAUCCUCGUCCUGGCUUUAUCCCACUUCAAAGGCUUUGAUGAACACAUUGAAGAGCGUCUCCACUGCCAUCUUAUCGGCUUCAUCAUCACCUUGUUUGGAGCCAAACUCCGUAAAAGGGAGCCCUUUCCUACCCUGAAGAGCUGCUGGGACAAAGGCACACAUGUCAUAGUUUCAUAUGAUUAUCCGGCAAAUCAGCACCCUGAAAUAUGGAGUAAAAUACCGUAUUACUAUGGCAACAGCAUGGACACCACGAAGGUUGAAUCAGAACUUCGUCAGGUUUUGGAAACGAAAAGGCCUGCUCAUUGUUUCUUCGUGUGUGGCCUGAACCUGACGCUGCCGGAGGAUGCCAGGAUACUCAAGUACGUCCUCCUUCGCCUUUGUGACAACCUGGUCAACGUCAUCGGGAGGAGUCUGCCGAGGCUCCUGCAGUGGGUGAAACAGCAAGCUGGCACAACCAUGAACAUUGUGGCCUCAGACGUGGUGACUCGGGACGACUUUGUCGCCACGAUUGUCAAGCUCAAUACUUCAAGAUGUGUGAAAACAUAG